GGGACUGCGCUGAUUUGUACAAGAACGGCGUGAAGUUGAACGGGGUGUAUAAAAUUACACCAAAUAACGGUCAGAGCGCAUUUAGCGUCUACUGUGACAUGACCACUGACGGAGGAGGAUGGACGUUGUUCCAGAAGCGUAUGGACGGUUCCGUAGACUUCUACCGUGGCUGGCAAUCUUAUAAGAAUGGAUUCGGAAACGUGAACGGGGAACACUGGUUAGGGAAUGAACAAAUUAACACGAUCACUAACCAAAAGCGAUAUGAGCUGCGUGUUGAUAUGGAAGACGCGAAUGGUGUUUGGCGCUAUGCCCAUUACGACAACUUUGCUAUCGCGUCAGAGAAAGCUAAGUACAAGUUAACUGUCGGGGCUUACUCUGGGAACGCAGGGGAUUCACUGAGUCUUCACAGAGGUUACCCUUUCACCACAAAGGACAGGAAUAACGAUGCACUUACCAGCCAGAAUUGUGCACAGCAGUACAAGGGAGCCUGGUGGUAUGAACGCUGUCACGAUUCCAAUCUGAACGGCCUGUACCACCUGGGUCAUCACAGCUCAUACGGUGACGGUGUUAACUGGAAGACAUUUAAAGGGUACCACCACUCCCUGAAGACAACGGAGAUGAAAGUUCGUCCCGUCGGCUUUACAUCUUCCUCUGUUAGUAGUGGCUAA